AUGACAAUUACAACUUCUAGCUCGAUACCGACGACGACGACGACGACGUCAAAUACAAAUCUACCACAUUCAUCGAUACAUCAAACAUCUUCCACAACUUCUUCCUCACAACAACAACAACAACAAAAUCAAAGUCUACCGAAUGAAACUGAUGAAUUAGGUAAAUAUGGAUUAAAAGGAUUAUCAUCAUUAGUUCGAAUGGAACAAUCAGAUUUUGUUAGUUUUGCAAUAGGUCAAGAUAUAAGUAAAUGUGGAUUAGAUUUAUCAAAAAAUGUUGAAAUUUUAAAAAAUUUAUCAAGUCCAUGGUCUGAAACUUCAAGAAGUGAAGUUGAACCUUAUUUUAAAAUUCCAUUAUAUUUACAAAAUAAAUCAAUAAAUAAUAACAAUUUAAAUACAAGUGAUUCUAAAAUUCAACAAUUUACUGAUGAAACAUUAUUUUAUAUAUUUUAUAUGAAACCAAGAGAUACUUUACAAGAAUAUGCAGCAAGAGAAUUAGUUGCAAGAAAUUGGAGAUAUCAUAAAGAUAUUCAAGUAUGGUUAACUAAAGAUAGUAAUGUUGAACCUAUAUUAAUUGGUCAAGAUGUUGAAAAAGGAGUUUAUAUAUUUUUUGAUCCUCAUAAUUGGGAAAAAAUUAGAAAAGAAUUUGUAUUACAUUAUAGUUCUGUACAAGCUUAA